AUGCCGACACUGUCAGCAGCCGCAAAAGUCUUCAACAUCCCUGAACUCUCCGAAAUAAUCCUCCAAGACUUCACCCCGCACGAUUUCGCACAAUGUAUCCUCGUUUGCAAAUCCUUUGCGUCCGUCUUCACACCCAUCCUCUGGCACACCAUCGCCCUCAAACAGGAUCAUCAACAUGUCUGGUUCUCGACGUCCCCAGAGGUGCAGGAGGCGUUGCGGAAGAAUGCGCGGUUUGUGCAGGUUAUUCGCGUUCGGAGUUGUAAGAGUCUAGUGCCGUUUUUGAAGUUGGUGGAGGAGGAGGAGGAGGAGGAGGUGGGCAGAGGAGGACGAGGAGGAGGAGGGAAAGUAAUGCCGGGGUUGCAUACGUUGCAGUUUCCGGUGUAUAACAGGAGUUUGAGGAGUUAUGAGAUGGAUGACUUGCUCCCGGAUCCAGAGUUGCUUUCUGAGCAGGGACAGCAGGGAAUAUCAUCAACUGCCGCAGCAGCAGGGGCGACAUGGACACGGACACGGACACCGACAAGGGACUGGCUACGGUACAACGGGAUGUUCCUCAUGCGUCGUCGCUAUUUUAUCGACCGCCUCUACCGCCAAAGGCAACUCCACGCGCUCCAGAAACAACGGGUUGCUCGUCAACAACGGCUCGAGUCCUGGAAGAUUACAAAUGAUCCGAACUAUAUUACGGUCCAGUUGAAGAAGAAGGGGGAGAGGGUGGCGCAGAUGGAGCAGGAGUGUUUGGUCCUGGAGAGAAAGUUCCCGACUGUGGCUAUGGGGUUGGGACCGAGUUCGAUUGGACAGGAUUUGGAGCUGUUGAGGAGCAAGAUUCGGGAGACGAAAGAGGAGACAGAGACGUUGAGGCGAGCAUCGUCAUUACCACCGCCAACAGGAGCAGGGUUGGGAUUCAACAACGAAGGUUACAGCAACAACAACAACAAUCACUCUAUAGGAUUAUGGACGGAGGGCGAGUCAGGAUUCCGCAUGGGCUACGAAAAGUCGGAUGAAGAGAUCCUGGAACAGUUCCUGGGCAGGUUCCCUCACCUCCAGACCUUGAUGACGACCUCGUUACCCUUUCUUAGCCACGGGGUCAUACGGACCGUGGUAGAGUUGGCUACUCUGAGGUCGCUUUCAUUGACGAUAUACCAUGCGAGUUUGCCUGCUCAAGUGGCGAAUGUUCAUACGCUUUUGAACACUUGUCCGCCCAACCUUGAAAUCCUUCGACUUUCGUUCAUGGACAAGGAUGAUGACACAGUCGACAUGAUGACUGGCACCGCCCACUCCAGGAACCGAGACGGCACUGCCACCGCCACCGCCACUUUGCCGCCUGCGGAAAUGUUCGAGACCUCUACCUCAUCUUCUGCCGCAGGACCAACAACGACGACGAGCAACAACAUCAGAUCAAAGGAUGGUGGAGAUAUGAGUCUGGAUCUUGUUCGAGUAUCCAUCCAGCGUGCAGGACCCAUGCGAUACCUCCGACGGCUAUUUGUUGAAGGAACCCUCGGCGAUCCGGCACUCACAAAGACCAGCACAAUCGGCCACCCCAGCGCAGACUCACAGACAUGGGUCGCCUUCUUGGAACGAUGCCCCAACCUGCUGACACUGAGCCUUGGAGGAUGUUCCGUCAUGGUCUUGCCCGAGGUCGGCCAGUCCCUCAAAUUGUACUGUCCAAGACUGGAGGAUUUUGCGAUCGGUUACAAGAGUUAUCUGGGCACGCCUUCAUAUGAGCACUUGGACUCGAACCUGGCGAUUCUUUUGUCGUCACUAACAGGAUUGAAACGGCUCCGAAUCGAUACGUUUGCAUUGGAAACCAGAAGUCAAAUCCUGGGCGUGAUCCAACACCGCUUUACAGAGUCACUGACAGAGAUCUCGCUCAACGACUGCAAGUACCUCCGCCUCCGGUUCCUAGCAGAAUCCCAUUCAAUCUUCAGUCUCCUCCAGGCCCUCAAGAACAUCGAGUCCUUGGAUCUCCUUCCCUCGGGCGAGAUCUUUCAUUCCUUCGAACAUACCCUAGGCUGCCUGCGGUUCGUGUCCGAGGUGUCUUCAAAGCCCUGGACCUGUCAGGGAUCAUUACGGGUGUUGAGGAUAAAUAUUGAUGGGGUACUGAGGAAAGCGUCGAGUUAUUCGUUGACGAGGGAACAGGAUCUGGAGACGAGUCGGAUGUUGCAAAGGAGGGCUUGUCAGUUCUUGGGCUCGUUUCCGCAGUUGGAGGAGUUGUCGUUGGGGGUCUUGACGUCUGCUGCGCGACAGAAGGCGACCGCUCAGUGGCCUAAUUUUGGUCAUUAUUACAGCGACAAGGACAUGGACAAAGACCUGGACGACACGAGUUUAUUCGCACCAAGCGCAGAAGACCACGAACAAGGCCCCGUCUACGGAGCAUUCAAAUUUGUCGGUAUCCAAUCCACCUGCCUCGCCCUCUCGCUCACCCACGGGCUCGACCUCAUGUCUGGACUCAAACGUCUUAAGAUCUUCAAUGUUGCCAGGAUGGAUCAUCUGAUCGAAACAGAGGAAGUCGAGUUUAUGAUGGAUCAGUGGCCAAAAUUGGAGUUUAUUCCAGAACUGGUCAUGAAACUAACCUCGAAACCAGAGCCCCUUCCUUUACACCUCGGUCCAGGGUUCAGCGCAAGACUCAAAGAUCUGUCGAAUCCUGGCGAUUAA